CAUUAUUUCGUUUGCCGCAUAAAAAUAAACAGUUUCACAUGGUUGUAUAUAGCAAACCCUAAACAUGUUCACACCAAGUGGAAUGACAACAAGAUCAAGUGGUUCACCAUUUUCACAGACACUUCAGAGUGGACGUGCUAAAAAUAAAAGAGUUGCAAACUUGUUCACGCCUAAAGGAAAAGGCACAUCAUCGUUUUUAAAAAGCCAAGGAAACAGAUCAUUACAGACUUCACAGCUGUUAGAGGAGACAGCUGGACAUAAAGUAGAGACCUAUGGAUUACCAUUACCAGUCUUGAUUACAGAAGUAUUAACUACAAGUGACAGGAAUACAGAAAUCAGUGUUAGUAUCAACUCAUCAGGAUGGGCAUGGUUAGUUGGAGGUAGAAAGCUAUUUAUAUGGAGAUAUAAACAAGUACAACAUGCAAGGAGUGUAUUUUGUAAAGAGUUAACAUUACCACCAAGUGAUUUAGCCCACAAUUCUGACAGAGUAUGUGUUAUUCCCAACAAUUCAGACCACCAGUCUGCCUCCUGUAUAGCUGUUUCACCAGAAGGUAUAGUCAGAUACUGGCCUAACAUUGCAAAUGAAGGAUCAUCUGUGGAAAUAAGUGCUGAACUUAGAGGAGAAGAAUGUCAGUGUGUUGUCUGUUUACCUCCUUUUGGAUGCUUGUUAGCAACAACUACAAGUUCUCUUGUACUACUUAAUAUAGCAACAAACAAGAACACAUUAACAUGUCAUCUACUGAAGUCAUCACAAGGAAUGUUUUCUGGUAUAGGAAGAAGAAUGUCAUCAUUCAUUUUUGGUGCUUCACCACUCCAGCCUACAGGGGCACCAUUACAAGCUAUUAGUGUUGGCCUAACAGAAGAUGAUGAUGAUUUUCCAUUCUAUGUAUUAUCUGGUACACAAUUGCAAAAGUGGACUGUAGGUGAAGGUAUAACAGAAAAGCUGUUUUAUCAAGUAGAUGCAGACAGAAUGUUUAGGGAGAGUAUUGCAAGGAAACUUUGGGAUCAAGAUUCCAAACAUCUGACUCAGUUGAGAUCUUGGUUGAUAGACAUGCAGUCCACCAGUACUGGAGUUGUUAUAUUUGGUGCAGCAGUGAAUAUGGAUGUUUCGCUUACUGUUAAUUAUGCUCUAGCUUUCAUUGACACAGAUAUAGGAGGAACACCAUCAGCUCUAGAGAAGUUAGUUCUUUUGGACUACCAAGACAGUUUUGAUGAUGAAUUAGAAUAUCAACUUCAGAAUUUUAAAUUGGUCGUACCAGAUACACAGACUUAUUGUGGAUAUGUAUACAAUAAAGAAAGAGUGUUAUAUGUACCAGGUGAAACAGAAAUAGUGGAUAUCCAGGCUCCAGGAGGACAUGUAUUAGGAGCAGGUUGCUGUGACAAGUGUGCAAUAUUUUUCUCCAGCAGUGUUGGUUUAUUUACAAUAUCUAUGACACAGAAACAGGAUAUGGGGCUAGUAGAAGAGACAAAUUAUGAUGUUACUCGAGCAGAUAUGUCUGUACUAGCAGCCAGUUCAUCACAGAUACAAGAACUAAGCAUGAGUGAUGAUAAAAUUUCUAGAUUAAAGGGUGCAUUCUUAGCAGCAAUGAAAGGAAACAUGAGGCAAGCUCAAGCUAGUGUUGAUGAAUUAUUUCCUGUAGGAGAUCAUGUCAAUUCAGACAUAGACCAGGUUGUUACUUCUCUUAGCAAAGAUUUAAUAGAUGAUUAUCCAGCUUCUGAUCCACGCUGGGCAGAAUCUAGGCAAGAUCCCAGCAGUAGGACAACCUCCCUCAUCAUUUUGAAUCAGCUUAAUGAUAAAGUGAAGGCACAUGAUUAUAUUAUUAACUUUCUGAAGAAAGUUGGAUUAUGGGAUAAAUUAAAAGAAGUGCAAAGUAGAGAUACCAAAAUGUUAACUAGAAAUGCAUUAUGUGAACAUGCUGAGAAGAUACAAGCAGCCAUAGCACUUAGAACUCAACAUUCAACAUACACAGCAUUAGUUGAUGCAGCAAUUAAAAGAGUUCUGGAAAAACGAGGAGACUUUGACUCAAUGCAGAGUUUAACACCACAAGAUAUAUUCUACAGAGAGGUGUCAAAAGUUCAUGAGAUUGCUGAAGCAUUGAUGGAAUAUGAAGAAGAUUUCCUGGCAGCAGACGUCACCACACAGGAUGUGUUAACAGUAGUGUCAUCUGUAAAUGCUGUUUUACAGUCAAUGUUUGACAAAGCUUUACAAUACAGACAAAACAAAGUCUCUGUAUACCAGUCUUAUGUACCAGAGACAUUGGAAUACACCCCAUGGACAUCUACCUCUGGUGAAAGAGGAAUCAGAACCAUUCUCAUUAAACAGUAUACUAAAACAUAUGAAGAAGCAUUGCCUGAGACAGGAGAUGCAGAGAUCAGAGAUGUAUUGUUUGAACAGCUAGUCCAUCUAACAGACAUUGUCCUUGAUGGCUACCGAUGUCAACUGGAAUCACUGAGACAGUGUAAUUCAGCACAUCAUGAUCAGUUCCUGAAGAGAUACGAACAGGACAGACAUAACAUGAUAGCACCUUUAUUAGAAUAUGGAAAACAUGAAAUGGCAGCAUCAUUAGCAGAGAAAUACUUAGAUUUUGAAAUUCUCAUACAACUUUGUGAUGAUACAAAUAAUUCUGAUAGAAUUGAACGUUACCUAGUACAGUUUGCUGACAAGGGUUUUGCUGAUUUCCUGUAUGCUUGGUAUUUAAAGAAAGGUAAAAGAGGGAAAUUGAUGUCGUUACCUGUCUCUCAGCAUGCAGAAUUAAGAUCCUUCCUACAAACAGAUAAUAACAAAUACCUCAGCUGGUUACAUGACAUUCAUACAGAUAACUAUAUUGAGGCUCACAACACAUUACUUGACCUUGCCAGGUUAGAAGUUGGCUGCUUAGCAAAGAAAAAGACCUUGUUGAGUCUUAGUAAAUUGGCAGGUUUAGCUGCUGAUGAUCCAAGAGAGGAAGUUAUUACAGAAGACCAUAUUGAUGAUAUUAAUCGAGAACAAGAUUUAAUAACCCAUCAGGAACAACUACCUGCUCGGGUCAUACAGCAUUUAGGAAUGGAAGAAGAUAAUAUGAGAGUAUUACAACCAGUAGAAAUAAUACAACAAUAUAUCAGUGACUUCAAUAUUGAUGCUAAUGAGUUUGAUUUCAAGAAAGCCUUAGAUCUACUACAGUAUAUUGACAAGGAUGAUGAAAAUAUUGACUUUGAAUCUUUGAGGUUGUAUAUCUGGACUAGAGCAAUUUUAAGAAAUAGUUGGGUUUAUGACCAGGCAAUAGAUCCACAAGAUGUAAUAAAGGAUACAAUUUUCUUCAAAGUAAUAGAUUUAGCAUACAGAGAGGGACAAAAUUUGCCAUCAUUUUUACCAGAGCUUGAUUCAUUGCUACAGUCAGAUGACCUAGGAUUACUUAAAGAUGAUGAUACAUUUCAGUAUCUUAUGAGAGCAGGUUUUGAACAUAUUCAACAGAUGGCAAUAUGAUAAAACUUGAAUGAAGGGUGUUAAUGGUGCUUUUGUUUACAAAGUAAUAUGUUGAAGGUAAUCGAGAAUUGAAUGUAAAGGAACUUACAAUCAACAUGUGUUAACAUUAUUGCAAACUAUAUUGGAAAAUAUAAGUCAAAAUUGAUACAACUGUUUAACAGAAAGAAAGCUAUUUAGCAUGAGUAUUACAGGAGCAGCCAUAUGUCUCCAUGAAUAAAGAAUGGACAUGUUA